CCUUUCAGGAUGAUGGGCCCAGGAACACCGGCGGGGACCCUCCAGCCACGUGGCUGCUGACCCGGGGGUGCUGCCAGGCACCGCUGCCAAUGCAGAGCUCCGGGGAGUGCAGGGCAGAGCUGCUGCUCCGCUCGCCCAUGGCAGCCCCUUCCCGCCGCGCCCCGGCCCGGCUGCAUGGUGUGGGUGCCCCUGAGCCCCACGAGCAGUGACCGGCGGGCCCCGCUGCACGCUCCCAGCACCACCACCAUGUCUUUGGAGUGGCUGAUGGACUGGAGCUGGUCCCUGGACGGACUCCGGGAUUUCAUUGCCACGGGCAUCCAGUCUUUCCGCGACUGCGACGCCACGGCCCUGGUGGCCGUCGCCUGCCUGCUGGUCCUCUUCGUGUGGUACUGCUACCACGUGGGGCGGGAGCAGCCCCGCGCCUACGCCACGGUGAACGCGCUGAUGCAGAGUGCCGAGGCCAACGGGGUGCAGAACGGGUUCGUGUACUGCCAGUCGCCCGAGUGCGUGCGCUGCUCGCACCACGACGGCCUCAACCAGAAACUCUACCACAACCUGCAGGAGUAUGCCAAGCGCUACUCCUGGUCCGGCAUGGGCAGGAUCCACAAGGGCAUCCGCGAGCAGGGCCGCUACCUCAACAGCCGGCCCUCCAUCCAGAAGCCAGAAGUCUUCUUCCUGCCUGACUUGCCCACCACGCCCUACUUCUCCCGGGACGCUCAAAAGCACGACGUGGAGUUGUUGGAGCGCAACUUCCAGACCAUCCUGUGUGAGUUUGAGACCCUGUACAAGGCGUUCUCAAACUGCAGCCUCCCGCAAGGAUGGAAAAUGAACAGCACGCCCAGCGGGGAGUGGUUCACCUUCUACCUGGUGAACCAGGGCAUGUGCGUGCCCAGGAACUGCCGGAGAUGCCCACGGACGUACCGCUUGCUCGGGAGCCUCCGUACCUGCAUUGGCAACAAUGUCUUUGGGAACGCCUGCAUCUCUGUGCUGAGCCCGGGCACCGUCAUUGCCGAGCACUACGGGCCCACCAACAUCCGCAUCCGCUGCCACCUCGGUCUGAAGACGCCCAGCAACUGCGAACUGGUGGUGGGGGGCGAGCCUCAGUGCUGGGCUGAGGGUCGGUGCCUGCUCUUCGACGACUCCUUCCUGCACACUGCGUUCCACGAAGGUGCCCCGGAGGAAGGUCCCCGCGUGGUGUUCAUGGUGGACCUGUGGCACCCCAACGUGGCCGCGGCCGAGCGUCAAGCCCUCGACUUCAUCUUCGCGCCGGGACGAUGACGGCGCUGCCCCGCCUGGUGGGUUCAGGGCAGCUCGGCCGGGGCCUCUCCCGGCACAUGGCCUCGGUGCUCCCUGCCGGGGGUCUUGUAAAUGGAAACUGUGACGUGUA